GAAAUGGGAAAAGUCCAAAGAACAGAACUACAUCACUUUUCGGAUGCUAGCACCCAUGGGUAUGGACAGUGUUCAUACAUUCGUGUGGUGGGCGAAGACAAAGUACACUGCUCACUAGUGAUGGGUAAAGCUAGAGUUGCUCCCACAAAAGUGGUAACCAUACCAAGGCUAGAGUUAACUGCUGCCGUGGUCUCCGCAGCAGUAAGCAGCAUGUUAAAAGAGGAGCUAGAGCUUAAAAUUGAUCAGGAGUAUUUUUGGACUGACUCACAGGUAGUGUUGGGCUACAUUAACAAUGAAGCUCGAAGAUUUCACAUUUUCGUAGCCAAUCGAGUUCAAAGAAUCAGAGAAAUGACUGACCCAGCUCAGUGGCACUAUAUCAACACUGAUCAAAAUCCAGCAGAUCACUCUAGCAGAGGCCUCAAGGUGGCAGAAUUGAUAAGUUCAGACUGGCUGACUGGACCCAAGUUCUUGUGGGAAAGAGAGAUUGUCGCACCAAAGUUAGUUCCACAGCUUCUGUUGGGGGAUCCUGAAGUCAAAGUGACACAAGCGCUACAAACAAAUGUAACAGAAGAGAAAAACUUCACAAACAGACUCAAACAAUUCUCAAAAUGGCAUACAGCACUGAAUGUCAUUGCACGUAUCCAACAUCUAGCAAAGGGAGCUAAGGCAGCAGAGCCUCUUAAUGUUGAAGAUCGAAGAAAGGCUAGUCUUGCACUUGUAAAAUUGGCACAAAACGAUGCCUUUGAAGAUGAAAUGCAAAUACUGAGUCAUGACAAACUGCCCAAAAGUCAUCAGUUGUAUCAGCUUAACCCAAUAAUUCUAGAUGGUGUUCUCAGGGUGGGAGGGCGCUUAAAGAAUGCUUCUUUACCUCUUGACCUAAAGCAUCCAGUAAUCCUACCCAAAGAUGGUGAGGUCACACGCCUGAUUGUAGAUUACUGCCAUGAAAAAACUCAGCACCAAGGCAGAGGACAAACUCUUAAUGAACUGAGAGCAAAUGGCUACUGGGUCUUAAGUGGCAGCAAGGUUGUGGCAAAUCACAUUAAGCAAUGUGUGACAUGCAGGAGAGCUCGCAGGCCAACAGAAACACAAAAGAUGGCAGAUCUACCUGCAGAUCGCGUCAAUCCUUCGCCACCAUUCUCCUUCUGUGGGAUGGAUUGUUUCGGACCCUUUUAUUCUAAACAGGGUCGUAAAGAGAGUAAGAGAUAUGGCCUUGUAUUCACCUGUCUAUCCUCAAGGGCAGUGCACAUUGAAAUGUUAGAAGAUCUAACAACUGAUGCCUUCAUAAAUGCACUGCGCUGUUUUAUAGCUAUCCGUGGAGCUGUGAGACAAAUCAGAUCGGAUCAAGGGACCAAUUUUGUUGGGGCAAAAAAUGAGUUGGCAAAGGCUUUGAAGGAACUGGACCAAGACAGACUGACUGGCUUUCUUGCUGAAAAGCAAUGUGACUUCAUUAUGAACGUACCUGAUGCUAGUCACAUGGGAGGUGUUUGGGAGAGGCAGAUCAGAACUAUUAGGAGCGUCCUAAAUUGUGUCCUCUCACAGAGCACUGGAAGAAUAGAUGAUGCUUCUUUAAGGACAUUCUUCUACGAAGCCAUGUCAAUUAUAAACAGCCGUCCACUUACUACCAACAACAUCAAUGAUCCCAAAAGCCUGGAACCACUCACACCUAAUCAUUUACUCACCAUGAAAGGCUCUGUUCCCCUGCCUCCACCAGGAAAAUUUGUAGCAGAGGAUCUGUAUGCCAGAAAGAGAUGGCGUAGAGUGCAGUAUCUGACUGAGCAAUUUUGGAGUAGAUGGAGGAAGGAAUAUUUGGGAAACAUCACCCUCAGACAACGCUGGCAUUCUCCAAGACGAAACGUAAAGAUUGGGGAUAUUGUCAUUGUCAAAGAAGAAGAGGUUCCCCGCAAUGAGUGGAGACUUGGAAGAGUACUUGAUGUUUGUAAAGACCAAGAUGAACUGGUGCGAAAGGCCACAGUACAACUAGGCUCUAGAAAGCUAGGAAAAGCAGGCCAGAAUGUAAUGAAUACAUCUAUUCUUGAAAGGCCAAUUCAUAAGUUAGUCGUACUUGUAGAGAACAACUAAAGUUGUUCCUAAACUUUAAAAACACUUUUGUACAGAGUUUACAGUGUAAGGUUUUAUAUACUCAGUUCUGGAAAUUACUAGAUUUAUUCAUUUUGGAAUGGAUAUCAUAAAUCGUAGUAAUUUGGUGGGAGUGUAACUGUCAGAAUGCCAUGUUAAUACGGAUAUUUUUGUUUAUUUAUCAUUAUACAUUCAUUGUUGUUUUAUUUCAUAUGGUUGUUAAAAAGGGCUAAAAAUCUAUAUGAAAAGGUGUAAAAAUGAGGGUAAAAUGUGUUAAUAAAUAUAUGUCUCUAAAAUAAUAUUUGUUUAAAAAGAAGGACUUUUAGUUUAGUGCUGCUUUACUGUGGAGCGUAAUGAGUCACGUGACGCGAGUUAGUUAGGCGGGUAACUGGAGAAUUAUGGGUCAGAACUAACUUGGCGGCAGAGAGAGAAGACUAACUAAGCAGCAGAGGGAGAACAAGAAUUAAAGCUAACACGAGGUCUAAAGGCGCACACGUUUUCACGGUGUCCGAUGAAGGACCAGAGAGAGGGAGAGAGAAAAGGAGAAAUAAACCUUCAAAAGACAUCA